CCGACCAUGAACUUUGCCUUUUGAAAAGGAGAAAGCGGUAGAUUUCCAACUAAGCAUCUUCAAUCUCAACGAUCAAAAUUUUUAAUACAUAUCCCAAGGUUUAUUUUGAUAGCAGGUACUCUCGGAGCAUAAAAAGGUAAAUUGAAGAGAGUUAAUUAAACCAGGCCAAAUCUCCCUCAUCAAGAACCAGCCCAGUUUUUUGCUGUUGAGAUAAUGGCAUUAGCCGUAGUCGGUGGUGCGCUACUUUCUGCUUUCGUUGACGUUCUUUUCGAAAAGCUUGCCUCUCCUGAGGUUGUUAACUUGAUCCGGGGAAAGAAGCCUGAUAAGUUGCUCCAAAAGGUGAAGAACCAAUUGAUAGUUGUUAGAGUUGUGCUUGCUGAUGCUGAGAAGAGACAAAUCACUGACUCCACUGUCAAAGAGUGGCUCGAUCUUCUCAAAGAUGUUAUCUAUGAGGUUGAUGACUUACUUGAUGAAGUUUCUACUAAAGCUGCUACCCAAAAGGAGUUAAGCAAUUCCUUUUCUCGCAUUUUCAACAGGAAAAAGAUUGUUAGUAUUAGUAAGUUGGAAGAGAUGGUUGAAAGGUUAGAUGAUAUUCUAAAACAAAAGGAGAGUCUUGAUUUGAAAGAUAUUCCUGUGGAGAGCUACCAGCAAUGGAAAGCUCAACCAACAUCUCUGGAAGAUGGGUAUGGUAUGUACGGUAGAGACAAAGAUAAGGAGGCCAUAAUGCAAUUGGUGUUAGAGGAUCGCACUGAUGGUGAACAGGUGUCUGUGAUCCCUAUUGUAGGCAUGGGUGGGGUUGGGAAAACCACUUUGGCCAGAUCUGUGUUCAACGAUGGCAAAUUGAAGGAACAGAUAUUUGAUUUAAAGGCAUGGGUUUGUGUUUCUGAUAUAUUUGAUAUGGUGAAGGUCACAAAAACUAUGAUAGAAGAAAUUACCAAAAAGCCUUGUAAAUUGAGUGAUCUAAAUGCCCUUCAACUUGACCUGAUGGACAAACUGAAAGGUAAAAGAUUCUUGAUUGUCUUGGAUGAUGUUUGGAUUGAGGAUUUUGAUAACUGGAGUAGUCUUACAAAACCAUUUCUAAGCGGGAUUAGAGGCAGUAAAAUUCUUGUCACAACCCGCAAUGAAAGUGUGGUUGUUAGAGUCCCUUUUCAAACUGUUAACGUACAUCAUCUAAACCAAUUGUCAAAUGAAGAUUGUUGGUUGGUAUUUGCAAACCAUGCAUUUCCUCUCUCAGAAGCCAAUGAGAAAAGAGGAACCCUAGAAAAGAUUGGGAAAGAGAUUGUUAAAAAGUGUAAUGGGUUGCCUUUAGCAGCACAAUCGCUUGGAGGGAUGUUGAGAAGAAAGCAGGCUAUUAGGGAUUGGAUUAAUGUACUUGAAAGUGAGAUCUGGGAACUUCCUGAAGGUCAGUGUAAAAUUAUUCCAGCACUCAGAAUUAGUUAUCAUCAUCUCCCUCCACAUUUAAAGCGGUGUUUUGUUUAUUGCUCACUGUACCCCAAAGAUUAUGAAUUUAUAAAAGAUGAACUGAUCCAGCUGUGGAUGGCUGAAGAUAUAGUAAAAGCACCCCAAAAAGGAAAGACUUUAGAAGAAGUUUGUCACGAGUAUUUUGAUGAUUUGCUUUCGAGAUCCUUUUUCCAAUGUUCAAGUAGUCGGAUUUGGGGUAAUUGUUUCGUAAUGCAUGACCUCAUGCAUGACCUAGCGACAUCCAUUGGUGGGGAAUUUUAUUUCAGGACAGAUGAAUUUGGAAAAGAAACCAAAAUUAGUAAAAAGACUCGUCAUUUGUCUUUUACAAGGUUCAGUGAUCCAGUCUCCGAUAUUGAAGUUUUUGACACAGUUAAAUCUCCAAGAACAUUCUUGCUGACCAAUUAUGUCUUUUCUCCAUUCAACAACGAAAUGGCACCACAUAUUAUAGUGUCCAUGCUUAAGUACUUGAGAGUUUUAUCGUUUUGUCACUUCCAAAGUCCGUUUGCUCUGCCUGAUUCAAUUGGUCAAUUGAUCCAUUUGCGUUAUGUAAAUCUCACUGGUACAAGUAUAAAAUCUUUGCCGGAGUCAGUGUGUAAUUUGUACAAUCUACAAACCUUGAAGUUGUCUUUUUGCUAUAAGCUGACUAAGUUGCCUAGUGCCAUGCAAAAUCUUGUAAACUUGCGUUAUCUUGAAAUUCUUGAUAUUCCCAUAAAAGAGAUGCCUAAAAGGAUGGGGAAACUAAAUCAGUUACAGAAGUUGGACUUCUAUAUUGCAGGCAAGCGUGCAGAGAAUAGCAUCAAAGAACUGGGAGGACUUCCAAACCUCCGUGGUGCGUUUUCUAUUAAGGGAUUGGAGAAUGUUACCAAAGGUGAAGAAGCAUUGGAGGCCAGGAUAAGGGAUAAGAAACAUAUUACCCAUCUAUCCUUGGAAUGGUCUAUAGUCAAUGACAAUAUCAUCGACUUCCAAAUUGAACUAGAUGUACUCAGCAAGUUACAACCCCACCAAGACCUGAAAUCGCUGUCAAUAGAUGGUUAUAAAGGAACCAGAUUUCCGAAAUGGAUGGGGAACUUUUGCUACUGCCACAUGACACGUCUAAGUUUAUAUAAUUGUAAUAACUGUUGCAUGCUUCCUUCAAUGGGACAACUACCAUCUCUCAAGUUCCUCAAUAUUUCAGACAUGAAUUCGGUGAAGACUAUUGAUGCAGAAUUUUUUAAGAUGGAAAAUUGUUCGUCUGUGAUACCCUUUCCCUCCCUUGAGCGUCUAGAAAUUUCUGAUAUGCCUUGUUGGGAGGUGUGGAAUUCCUUUGAUUCAAAAGCUUUUCCUGUGCUUAAGUGCUUUUAUAUAACUGAUUGCCCCAAACUAAAGGGAGCUUUGCCAAAUCACCUUCCUGCUCUUCAAAAUCUCAGCAUUGUAAACUGCGAGCUUCUUGUCUCCUCUGUCCCAAGGGCUCCCACCCUUCGAUCAUUAGAGAUACGCAAAAGCGACAAAGUAAUGUUUCAUGAGUUUCCUCUUUUGGUUGAAAGUAUAGACGUAGAAGGAGGCCCAAUGGUAGAGUCCAUGAUGGAGGCCAUCACUAACAUCCAACCUACUUGCCUCAAAUAUUUAACAUUACAGAACUAUUCGUCAGCCUUAUUGUUUCCAGGUGAUCGUCUUCCUGCAUCGCUGAAAACUCUUCGUAUCAGUGGUUUAACAAAAAUGAAAUUCCCGAUGCAACACAAACACGAAUUACUGGAAUCACUGUCAAUAAAUAAUAGUUGUGAAUCGCUAACAUCUCUUCAAUUGGCUAUCUUCCCAAAUCUCACUUCUCUUAGAAUCACAAACUGUGAAAAUAUGGAAUCACUUUUGGUCUCUGGAUCAGAUUCGUUGAAGAGUUUGAACUGUGUUGAGAUUGGCCACUGUCCCAACUUUGUAUCAUUCUUGGGAGAAGGAUUGUCUGCGCCCAAUUUGACUUGUUUUAGUUUUUAUGAUUGUGAUAAGUUGAAGUCGUUGCCCGAUCAGAUGGGAACUCUUUUCCCAAAGAUGGAAUAUCUUAUCAUAUCCAACUGCCAACAAAUUGAGUCAUUCCCUGUAGGAGGUAUGCCACCAAACUUGAUAAAAGUUUCGAUCAGCAAUUGUGAGAAACUACUAAGCGGUAAAGCAUGGGUAUGCAUGGACAUGGUUACCUCUCUCGAUGUGUGGGGACCAUGUGAUGGCAUCAACUCCUUCCCAGAGGAGGGUUUGCUGCCUCCCUCCCUUAAGUCUCUACGUCUCUGUAACCUCUCAAGUCUGGAGACUCUGGACUGCAUGGGCUUUCUCCAUCUCACAUCCCUACGCGAAUUGUACAUUGAAAAUUGCAAAACGCUGGAGAAUGUCGCGGGAGAAAGGCUGCCUGUCUCUCUAACAAAAUUAAUUAUUAUGGGGUGUCCCUUGCUGCAAAAACGAUGCCACAAAAAGGACCGCCACAUUUGGCCUAAAAUCUGCCAUGUCCGUGGGAUAAAGAUUGACGGUAGAUGGAUAUAACGAGCAAGGAUGAUGAGCUGUGAGCAUUCAUGUCAUUUUCGAUUAAACGUAGUCACUGAACAGUUUUUAUGUGUGGUCAGUGCCAAGAUUCUGCUAAGUAUUGUGGUGAAUUUGGAAGACAGAUGAUGAUUCCACUGAAAUUUCAUUUAGAAGGGUAAAUUGAAACAUGCUGGAUUGGCUUGGAGAAACUGCACCGGUCCAUGGGUUUAAAUUCAACUUUGAAUAAGAUCCCAACAGCUUGAAUUUUAGUUGGAAGGUUUUUCAUGGUGUACAAGGUUGCGGAUGAAAGCUAUACAAACCAAAAGGUUUACCUCUUAUUAUUGAUUUUGCAGUCAGCCAUGUCAAAUGCCCUGCUAGACACAUCUGAAGUUCGUUUGUAGGAAAUUGUAAUAUACUGCCCUCUAGCAGGAAAACUUGAAGUAAAAGCUCAUAUUUUCAUGUGCGCAAAGUUGAGGUUCAUGGCCAAGUGGUGGAGGAACUGAGGGCAAGGUCUGAAAUGGAAGAGUGCGUCAAAUAUCUUAUAUGGGAAAAGGGGAAAAAGGAAAUAACUCAGUAGAAUAAGAUUGAUCCUUUACAUUAGACUCAGCUUUUUGAUGCUUAAUAUCGAAGUGGAGGGGUGGUUUCAUCAGAGCUCAUCAUGAAGUUCAUCGAAGAACAAACAUUAAACUUCACUGUGAAUCCAUACGUAUAUAUCAUAAGGAUUGUAUUAAAGGAAGUCAUUGUAAUUUGAAAAACUUGGUACAAAAAUAGACUAAAAUUUCUCACAUUCUUUUAUCCUCCCUCAACUCAUUUCCUGC